AUGAUGCGCAAGCAGCGGCCGACAUUCACGACGGCCGAGCUCGAGCUCCAGCUCCAGCAAAUCACGCUAGACCCGGGGUCGGGUGCAUCAGAGAACUUUGAGACGCUGGCGCCCCUCAUCAAGACCAUCCAGGACACGGAUAGCGAGCAGCUCUAUCUCGGAAGCUUGGACCGUUUCGUCGGUGAGAAGGAGAAGGAGAUAGAGAAGAUCUGCGAGAACAACUAUGAGGACUUUGUGUCAUCAGUACUUGCCCUGUCGUCAGUACGACAGGGGACCGGCCAACUGCGCAAGCGCAUCGGCGAGCUCGACGUGCAGAUGGGCGAUGUGGGACGCGGAUUGGGGGAGAAGCGCACUCUGCUCGAGCAGAAGAAGGUGGCGCGGAACAUGGACGACGCGAUUGAGACGCUUCAGACGUGCCUACGCCUUCUCGACCUCGUCCACCGUGUAGGUGAGAUGAUUCGGCAGGACAAGUACUGGGGAGCACUGCGCAUGAUCGAAGACCUGUCCCAUCUUCCGCCACCCGCGAUCUCCAACACACCCUUCUAUCUCCACUUAGUGUCGUCACUGCCAUCACUGCGCUUGUCGAUCAAGGAUGCCGUGACGGCGUCAGCCAAGUCGUGGCUUUUCGACAUUCGCGAGUCGAGUGCGCUCGUCGGCAAGCUCGCGCUCGAGGGCAUGGGGAACCGCAUCAAGCGCUGGCGGCUGAAGCGGGAGAAGGACGGGAGCGCGCGAUUCGCCCGCAUCGGCGGCGCCCUCGAGCUCGUAAACAACGAGCGUGCCGAGUUCGACGCACUCGACAACGAGCACAUCCGCAUCGACUUUAAGCCGCUGUACCAGUGCAUCCACAUCUACGAGGCGCUCGAGUGCAAAACCGAGCUGCAACGCAACUACCAGGAGGACCGCAAGACCCAAGCCAACCUCAUUCUCGCCUCACGCUCAGCGUCCUCGUCCGAAACAUUAAUGACGUCGCUCCCGGAGCUGAUGCAGGAGCUCGUCGGCUUCUUCAUUAUCGAGGCGCACGUCCUUCGCACCGUGCCAGACUUCCGUUCGCAGCGGGACGUUGACGACCUCUGGGACGAGAUGUGCCGCCGCAUCAUCAGCAUCCUCGGUCUCGGCCUCAAGGGCUGCAGCAAACUCGAGGUCUUCUUGGAGAGCAAGAAACACAUCCUGCUGUUUGUCCAGACGCUUGAGGGCUAUGGUUACGACAUCUCCGAGCUCAACGGGUUGUUGAUCACGCUGUUCGAGCGCUACUCGGAGCUCUUGCUACGCACGUUUGGCGCCGACUUUGACCACAUCGUUGCCGAGGACGAGAACCAACCGAUGAUGGUCAGGGACCAGCGAGAGUUUGACCAAGUUUCGGGCGUGUGCUGGCUUGCACCAGGGGAAGCAGAGUCUCUGGCCAUAAAUGGCUUCCCACAACAUAUGCCUUUCUCGCAGACCUUCCCGAUGUGCUGCAUCAACAUCCGCAAUUUUGUGGAGCAAUUCUACCAGUUCACCGAUGGAGUCGCGCAACACCACGUCGACUUAGACGAGGUGCUGCGCAAGUCGCUUGACGGCCUCCUCACCGACCACGUCAGCAAGCAGAUGGCGCAGCGCGUAAAAAUCAUGUCCAACUUGUCACAGAUCGCACAAGUCGUUGUCAACACCGAGCACUUCCUCGUCGCUUGUGACGAAUUGGAAACAGUACUCAUGGGCCUCCGUGCAACGCAGCGCGGCGGACCUGUGAAGAUGGCCUCGGCGUUCUCAUUCGCCGACACCCUGAAGGUAGCGCAGAGCCGCAUCGACGCCGUUAUCACGUCCAAGCUCGAGUCGUUCUUCGAGCUCGCCGAGUACAACUGGAUGCCGCGCGGAACACCACCACCCAACCCAGAGCCGAGCACCUACGUGGUCGAGAUGAUCUCUUUCCUCACGGCGUACGUCGACUCUGUGCUCAUCGGCCUCGACGACGGCACCAAGGCUCGCGCGUACGAGAAGGCGUUGCAGCGCAUAAAUCAGUUCCUUAUGGAAACUCUCACGAGCAAGGAGGUGCGGAUUUACAACGAGGCCGCGCUCAUGUACGUCCGCGCGGAUGUGCUGUUCAUCGAGACGGAGAUUCAAAGACUUGGCAAGGCGGGGUUGGACCGCGUCUUCGAUGAGGUCAAGCAUACGAUCAACAUUGUACUCUCGGAUGCCGUCGCUGCGUUCAUGGAGCCAAGCGUGCGUCAGCUGUCGUACAGCUCAGUGCGACCAGCGCGGCUCUCGGCCGUGUUAACCCGACUGGCUGCCGGCGUGAGCGUUUCGGGUCGGAUGAACGAGGCCGAACGUCUGCGUGCGGAGGCCAACAGCGUAGGCAUGCUGCGCCACGCCGGCCCGAACACCACGGCGCGGCCACUUUCAGUAACAACCCCCACCGCAUCUACUCCAUCCACCAUUUCAGCCAACACCCCUUCCCCGCCCUUUGUCGGCCCGUCGCCGCGCUCCAUCAGCUCCAAGGGGAGCCCCCAGUCGAACACCUCGAGCAGCGCCGCGUCUUCAGGCAGCCGUCUCCGGGCUCUCCUUCCCCGGCCCAUCGCCCCAAGGCCUGGCGUCUCGGCCACUGCCGGGCCCUCGUCCUCUGGGUCCGCGGGCAAGAUGAGCAAUAAACCCUUCCGCGCACCUGGCGGAAGCCAACAAGGACGCUUCACCGUCGACAGCGGCGGCGGGCUGUCCCUUCCCUCCAAGCCAACGCCGAUGCCUCGGUCAUUGCCGUCGAGUGCUGGCCCAAGCCCCGCUGCUGUCUCACCCUCCAAGGUCAACGUCUUUGCCCAGAACGCGAACAGCUGGGCAUACCCACAGCAGCCCGAGGCUCACCAGGGCAACUACGGAGGGAACGACUUUCUCAGCGACCUCUCGUCAACGCCUACGAACAGCUUUGCAGCGUUUGGCGCGUCGGCGUCGUCCUUUACGCCCACGGCCCAGUCGGGAUUUGCCGCCCAGUAUACUGCCGCUCGCCAGAACCAAAGCCAGAUCCAGAGUCAGAAUGGCUCCGCCCAGGCUUCGCAGCACCCAACACCACCUUCUGACGGAACAACGCCGCUCGACGGGCCCUCCUUCGAGUUCACUCCGAUUCACACCCAGUCGUGGCCUGCCCCGCCGCAGCAGCCCCCACCGAAGCGGAUGCCAGAACAGGGCAAUACGGGUGCCAUCGACCAGAACAUCCUAGCCAGCCUCGCCGAGCUGAUGGCCCAAACGCCGAACAACGCCAGCGAGCCGCAAAUGCCACUCAGUCUUCUCAGCAUUCUGAGCCAGCAGGCCCAAACUCAACCUCCGCAGCCCCCGGUGCCGCAGGUGCAGCGUCAGCCGCAACCGAUGUUCCAGCAGCCACAAGUGCAAGAGCAGACGCCCUUCGCCGACAUUUCUCAGCAGCAGUUUCUGCAGAUGUUGGCGCAGGUCCAGCGGCAGCAGACUGCCCAAGCGCAGUUCCAAGCAGCUCAGCAGCAGCUCCAGGCUGCUCAGCAGCAAGUCGCCCAGGCCCAGCAACAGAUGCAGCAGGCACAGGCGCACGCUGCGGCAUCGCACCAACAACCGCAGGAGCACGCCCCGCAGCAGGCGCACCAGACAAGCCUGCUCACAAGGCGCAUGCAGCAGCAGCAGUCUCAGUCGCAGUCGAGCACGCCUUCCCAUUCGCCUCGGAUGAGCUUCUCGACCCCUGGGCGCUCCUCGGGGCCGUCAGCCAACGGCAUCCGGGCGCCGCAACCGUUCACACAAGUCCGGCCGACGGAUCGAGUACCGUCAUGGCAGAGUGGCGAGCCUGUUUCCGAGACCACCGCGACCACCCCAGCCAGCGAAGCGUCGAUGAGCAGCCCAGCAGACAGCACUUCGACCAAGGGGUUCCGCCCGAUCAAGCCGAGGCGCGCGCAGGCGCCGGAGCACCCAGCUGCUGCGCCGCCGAAGCCGCCGAAGCCGUCGCCUAAAUCGAAGUCAUUCGCUACACCUGGGCCGGCCUCAAGACCACACUCCGGCGCCGCACAAUCUUCCCGCCAGCCGCAACAUCCUCUGCAGCAGCAUCAGCAGCCGGCUCCGCAGAUUGGCGAGCUCCCACCUUUGCCUCCUGGUCUCACACUUGCGCAGUUGUCCCAGAAUGGCAACUUGAGUCUUGAGAUGGCAAUCCGCGUUGGCAUGGGCCUCGGGAUGGGGAUGGCGCUGGGCCAGCAGCAGCAGCAGCAGUCGCACCAAGCACCAAGCCCUCAGCCAACCGAGGAACAGCUCGCGUACAUGCAAGCCGCGCUCGCGGCGACGUCGCCACCACCUAUAAGUGCGACGUCACCUGAAGCUUCCGGCACAGGCCCACCUCGGCAGCGGCCGGGCGACAUUGUAACGAGCAUCCUGAAGGACGACUUCCUCGCCACCCGCUCGCCGCUUAGCACGUCCCCGACGGCCGGCAACGCCUUCCCUCCGGAAUUCGGGGAGCGCCGGCCUUCGCAGUCGGGCGAUCAGAUUGUGCCAGCGGACCCAGAAGCCAUGGCUAAGAAGGAUCCCCUGGCUGCCCAGGUGUGGAAGGCGUACGCCCGUGCCAAGGACACGAUGCCCCAUGGCCAACGCAUGGAGAACCUCACUUGGCGAAUGAUGCACCUCACCAUGAAGAAAAAGGAGGAAUCCGAGCGCGCCGCCGCCGCUGCCGCCGCCGCCAGCGUCGGGACCAGCGUAGGAACACAGCAACCGGCUGCAGAGACAACCAGGCGCGAGCAUGUGGCGUUCCAAGGGUUGUCGCCCGUACCUGAACCCGAACACGAGAACGACCCCGACCGCGCAACCGCGCCGCAGCUGUCGAGGCAGUUGGUCGACUCGGACCACGAGGCGGAGCGAGGGCGCCGCAAGGGGGUGUCGAGGGUUGUCGGUUUCAGCGCUGGAAACAGGGACUCGAGUGCAAUGGACAUCGACUGGCGUGCAGCAUCGCGGUCACGAUCACGUAUGGCAAUUGACUGGCGUGCGGCGUCGCGCUCGAGGUCGCGUAGCGCCUUCCAGGGCAGCCGCAGCCUGUACGACGGGGGCAACGAGCUUCACGCUCACAGCCUCCUGGCACAGGGGGGUUCAGCCUCCAGCUCGAGCGCCUCGAUGAACCCGUCGCCGGCGUCGCUUGCGCCCUUUGCCAGAUCUAUGCCCAACAACUAUCCGCCAUGGGAAGCGGCAGGGGUGGAAAUGGCAAUGUCGCAGCCUCUCCAGAACGAGCUCAACAUGGAGCAGUUUGCCAGUGGCCCGGGAAGCAGCGGAGCCAAGGAUCCGAAAGCGGCGAUUGCGUUUAACAUCGACCAGGUCCUUCAGUCGGCAGAGUCUUCUGCCGCAGCCUCGGCGUCCUUCGCCAACUUCCUCUCCACAUCGGUCCCGUCUGCCGCCACCCAACUUGGCUUUACUGCACCCCUGCACCUGACCCAGUCGAUCUCAAGCAACGGCAGUGGCAUCACGAAGCACAAGUAUCCAACCCUCCCUGGCAUCUCUGGUCCAGGUCUGUACUCUGCAACGUCUGAGGAGAACAUCCAUCCCACAUACGGCCUCCUCCCUAAACGCGUCCGCAAGACAUCGUUCGACCACACCCUGCGGCCCCGCGAGGAGCCUGAGCCCAUGUUCAACACGCGCAAGCGCCCCGCCGAGGCGUCACCACGCGAUGGCGACCACCGCCCGUUGCCGAACAACUUUGCGCCGUUCCCCACUGCACCUUUCACGUUCAGUUUCGACACCAACACGGUGGGCACGUCGAGCUCGAACUACGACAGCUUCUUUGACCUCAACGCCGCGUCGGCCAGUAGCCAUGCCGACCCGGCUGGCCCCGCGGCUACCGACCUGUGGAGCGGGGACGAUACGGCCAUGUUCGACCCCGCUCAUCUGUUUGGCGCCGUGCCAGGCUCGCAGAUUGACCCAGGCCUGCAAGACCCACACGAGCUUUCCCAGCUGAUGAACAUGUACUUCGAAAACGGGAACCAGUACACGACGAUCAACCCAAGCGAAGUGCUCGGCGUGCGGCCGGAAGCGUCCCCAGCCCAGUCUCCGCAGCCAGACGAGUACCGUCGCCCAGGGCCUGGCCGAUCCAACUCGAGCCCGAACUUGCAGGGCCUCCGCGCGAUGAGCAUGUCGCAGGCUGUGUCGUCACACUCGGGCCACCCCAGCGCGAGUGUAUACAACAGUCUUGCGAUGACGCGCAACCGCUCAAACGCAGCGUCAGGCCCUUCAGGACCUGGCACGCCGACAGCAGAGGCCGAUGAGAACAACGCCACUGUCUGCACCAACUGCCAGACGACCAACACACCGCUGUGGCGCCGCGACCCUGAGGGCCAGCCGCUGUGUAAUGCUUGCGGGCUAUUCUUCAAGCUGCAUGGGGUUGUGCGCCCUCUCUCGCUCAAGACGGAUGUUAUUAAGAAACGGAACCGUGGCGGCCCAACAGGCAAGGAGACGACCUCGGGCCGGCGGAGUAGCAAGGCCUCGCGCUCCAAAGCCUCGAGCCCUGGUGCGGAACGGGUCAGCGGACCAAGCUCGCGCGACAAGCGCCAGCGACGAACCAGCGGUAUGGACCCCGACUCUGGGAGCACGAGCGCCGCCUCGUCGCUUGGGACGGGCGGUAGCGGGCUAACCAUGAGCAAGCGCUGA